AUGGCUACUGAACUUGGUGCUAUCACCACUGUCGUUGGGGCCAUUUCUUCUACUGGAACCGUUGGGUCUGCUAGCAACUCUCUUGAUGAUCCACUUAUUGUGAUCACGGUAGACUAUGCUGUCAACAAACUGGUCUCUCUUGUCCUCACAGGAGAUGACACUUGUCAUACUUGGAGUCGUACUAUCUUUAUGGCUCUUGAAGCACGCAACAAGCAAAGCCUGGUUGAUGGCACACUCUCUGAUAUUGCAGUGAGAGAUUCACGUCACACUGAGUGGAAGCGUUGCAAUAGUCUUGUGGUGACUUGGUUGCUGAAUUGUGUAUCCAAUGACAUUGCAGCUAGUUUGUCUAGUUCGGUGACUGCUCGAGCCUUAUGGUAUUAUCAUACCUAUCAUUCGUCCAAUGACACUCGCAUCUAUGAGAGUGAUACCCGACAAGGGAGCUCAAGUGUGAUUGAUUAUUACACUAAACAAAAGAGUUACAGUGAUGAACUUCUCUAUUAUAAUGUCAUUCUAGCUUGCAAUUGUGGGGUCCGUGCAGCACUAGAGCUGUACCAACAAAAGGAGCAUACUAUGUUAUUCUUGAUGGGAUUAAAUGAGUCUUUCUCCAAUGUGAGGAGUCAAGUGUUGUCCAUGGGUCCUUUGCCCUCCAUCAACAAAGUACUUUCGAUGGUACUCCAUGUCGAGAGACAACUCACUGUCACUCAACCCACUCAUACCACUCUAGCUCCUCUUUACUCUUCGACCAUGGCAGUUAACUUGGGUAGGACAACUGAAAUUGGCAAAGGUUCCACCUUUAGUACAUCUAGACAGCGUGAAAAUUUAUCCUGGAAUUACUGUCGCAAGCAAGGUCAUACCAUUGACAAGUGUUAUAAAUUGAAUGGGUAUCCUCCUGGUCUUCCAAAGCGUUAG